AUGUCGGCGCGCAAAGCCAACGACCUCGAGAAGAAACUACACAAGGCGGCACUCAAGGCGCAUAACAAGGAGCUCUCCGUCGAAGAUGUCGCGGAAAUCAUCCCGGACAACAAGGCGCGGACGGACGCGCUCAACUUCCUGCUCAAGGUCGGGCUGUUCAAGAGCUUGAAGAACGAGAAGGGGAAGGUCAGCUUCCGCGCGGUGACGAAGGAGGAGAUUACUGUAACGAAGGACCUAACGGCGGAGGAGGGACUGGUGCUCAGUCAUAUCAAGGCGUCGAAGAAUGAAGGCAUCUGGACGAAGCACCUAAAGGCGAAGACGAACCUCGCGCAGGCGCUGAUCGACAAAUGCCUGAAGGUCCUUACGCAGAAAAAGCUCAUCAAGCGCGUUCAGUCUGUGCAGCAUCCGACGCGCAAGAUAUACAUGCUGGAGGGCGUCGAGCCGUCCGUCGCGCUCACUGGCGGCCCAUGGUAUACAGACAACGAGCUGGAUGUGGCGUUUAUCAAUACCCUGAUACGUGCUUGUCUGAAGAUUGUGCGCGACAUGAGCUCGCCUCGUCAAUCAGCGGACAAGCAGGGCGCACUGUUCCCGAUUGGUUACCAGCCUGAAUACCCCACCGCGCAGAAGAUCCGCAGCGCACUGCAGCGCGCCCAUCUUACGGACACCGACUUGUCGGAAGAGCAUGUUGAGAGCUUGUUAAACGUGCUCAUCUUGGACGGCGAGAUCGAGAGGAUACCCGUGGGCAUCAGCGUACCUCGUCAUGACGACACAGAAAGCAGCGACGAAGAGGUCGAGCGCUCGCACAAGAAGAAGCGCAAGCGGCGAAGCGACUCACAAGAGCGCCCGAGCAAAAAGCGACGGAGAAAAGCUGUCUUUACCAGCGACGAGGAGGACUCGGAGGACUCGAAGGACGAACGCAGGAAGAAGCGCAAGCGCUCGAAAUCCAAGUCCAAGUCGAGAGAACACGACAGCGACUCGGAGGACGAGGACGAAACCUCGUCUCAGAAGAAGUUGAAGCAAAAUGGCAAGAAGCGCCAGCUUUCGGAAUCGGAAGAUAGCGACUCCGAGAUUGAGCGUGCAGUGAGCAGCAAGAAGAAGAAAAAGCGGCGCUCGCGGAACAGCGACUCGGAGGACGAGGACGAGGAUUCAGAAGACGAAGAACGACGCCGGAAGGAGAAGGAAAAGCAGAAGCGCAAGCGCAAGCUCGAAAGGUCACCAUCACCGGACCUGCUUUUGGGCGUGGAUCUGGGGGAGAGCGAGGGAGUGUACGCGUACCGCGCGGUGCGGCAGGAGCAGCUAUCGCUCGGGUGGUCGCAGGCGCCGUGCAGCAUCUGCCCGUCGUUCCAGUUCUGCAAGGAGGGCGGGCCGGUGAACCCGACGGAGUGUGUGUACUAUACGGACUGGCUGGCGCAGGCGAAUGUGCAGGCGGUGGAAGAAGGGGAACAGGCGUAG